CGUAUCCAGUCUUCUAAUAAUCCUAGUAGCUAUCGCUAGCUAGCUAGUUUACCAGCGCUGCACAGUCUAGAUGAGAGCUAUUAUACUUCUACUGACAAAAGAUGAGUUUCCAGUCGUUACGUCGUGUGCUCCGCUCUGCACGAAAGGGCCUCUGCUCGACAUGCUCCAAGGCACGCUACCCUCAACUAGAGGCAGCCGGUGCUGGCCAUGUUGGCUGCCUCAUCUACACCUUCGAGACUCUUGGCCAGCUCAUAAAGGAUGACCAUGAUGUCACAGCAGUACACGUGGCCGCUAGGAAGGGGCAGACUCCCAUUCUGGUUUAUCUAAUCGAGAACAACCUUUUGGAUGGAGUGGUCCAUCGAGCUAAGAAUGGAGCUACUGCAAUACACGAUGCAGCUGGGACUGGACAACUAGGCUGUCUGCGCUACCUCGCCAGUCACACACGACUGAGCGUGAAUGAUAUUGACAUUAACAACAGCACUCCUCUACACUGGGCAGUACAGUCAGGGCAUCUUAAAGUGGCUGUCUGGCUAAUUGUAGAAUGCAAGACAUCCAUAGACUGUGUCUCAAAGAAUGGAGUCACUCCACUGCAUCUAGCUGCAUCGAGGAACCAUCUGGAGCUUGUGAAAUGGCUCGCACGGCAUGCCUACAAACACGUUGAGAAGCCGAGACGAUUGGUGAAUGCCAAGGAUAAGAAUGGUGCUACCCCUUUGUACCACGCUGCACAAGCAGGGCAUGUUGAGAUUGUCCAAUGGUUGGCUGAGAAGGCCGGGGGCGAUCCUACCAUCCGCUCCAAUCAGGGACUAGCACCACUCCAUGCGGCCACUAUAGCUGGCCACCUCUCUGCUGUUCAGUACUUGUUCCAGUUUGGUUCAGCCAGCGCCCCUGGAGGUCUCCGGACAUCAGAGGGAGCUUGUGCCCUCCACUUUGCAGCUGCUGAAGGGUUCAGUGGUGUUCUUCAAUGGCUUCUCUCUCAGAACGAGUGUACAGGAAAUGAGAGGGACUACUAUCAGAGCACCCCCCUUCAUGAUGCAGCAGAGAGGGGACACCUCAAGAACCUCCAUGUGUUGUGUGAGGGUGGGGCUGAUAUCUCACUCACUGAUGUUGAGGGAAACACUCCACAAGACUUGGCCGAUAAGAACGGGCAGAACAAAUGUGUCAAGUACCUCAACAAUCAGCGCAAGCAGAAGACAGGCAAACAGUCAAAGGGCUUGAGUCGUUCUGGCAAUCUCUCUCGGAGCAAAACCACUAAAGCUGAGAUGAUUGACAGUUACAGGAACGCUCCACCUCACCAAAUCCCAGUCAGUGUGUUUGAGGGGGAGGAUGAGGACGAUAUUGACGGCCCCCCUGAUUCGGAUAGUCCCUGGGCAACCCUCCGAGAUCUGAUGGGGGAUGAGACUACUACUGAGAUGGAGGAUGGAUUGAGUGACAGUGGAGGCAGGGAUCGACUGGCAGCGUUCUCUGAGGCUGAUAAGAAGAGGCGUAAACUGGAGGAGGACAUGAGGAGAGAAGCGGACGAGAGGACCAAGAAGAGGCAAGAGCUGUUGAAACAGGAGACGGAUAUCGAACAGGAGAUUCGCAAGAAGUUGCUAUCUGAUGAUCCAGACAACCAGGUUGUCCCUCGCAAGACUCCAGAGACUGGCCACCUCUAUAGGAAGAGCAGGAGCAGCUCGAGCAUUGCCCCCUCCGCUGAGGGACGACAGAGACCCCGUUCACUACCUCCUGUACUCUCUCCUGAUGCUGACCUCUCACAGAAAGGGCUAGUGGAGAAGAGAACUAAAGAAUUUGAGGAGAUCACACCACGUUCGAUUCAUAAAAAGUCAAACCUACUCUCCAAAUUGCGAAGGUCUAAGAAAGGCAGCAAAGGAACUAAAAUAGGCCAUUCUCAAAGCUGGGACUCCGGUAUAGGUGCAUCCAUUGCUCCUGACAAUGUGGACGAUAGUUACGCUGAUGAGGAGGAGCUGCCAGAACCUCCCCCUGUACCUACGGUGGAAUAUCUCCUCGGAAAACGUCCUGUGAACCUUCGCAAGAGAGCCAGCGAUUCUCUCAAACGUGAGAUGUCAGCAAGAGAAGGUGGGGAAGAUGACUCGGAUGAUCACAGCUCUGUCAGCUCAUCCACCAGCGAUCAGAAACACACACGCAAGAAGAGGAAGCACAAGAGAAGAGGCUCCAAAGAAAGUGAUGAAGACCUUGUACAGUGGAGCUAUAACAAGUUGAGUAUACCUCAGAGCAGUCCUCCGCGUGAGAGGAAAAAUUUGUUAGGAGUGGAGCGUCAUCCGACACCCAUACCCCGGCCAAUACCCCCCCUCACUAAUGGACCCCCCACCACUAACAGGCUACCGUCUCCUCUCAGACUAGAUAGUGCAUUUGAUGAAGUUAGUCGCGAGCUGCUUUCUCUGUCGGACACAACUGACUCCUCUCUCUCCCCCUCCUCACCAACCUCACCAGCAUCACCAACCUCACCCACAUACACCCUCACAGCCGGUAAAAAUAUCUCGCGUUUGGCCCCCAAACCAUCUCCUAGCUUCCAGAACAAACUGAUUGCCAAUAGCAAUACAAACAACAGCAACAGCAAUGACAAGAGCAGAGCCAUUGUGCGACGUGUGUCUCCCAUCUCAAAGGUUGUUAGCAGCCGAGUAAAGUCAAAGGGAGGGACAAACAAGAGCACCCUCUCUGAUAAGCAGGCCGCACAGAUAUUGGAGGCCGCCAAAUCACCUACAGAUUUUAUGAGUGCUCUUAGUGAAGCGAUAUCAUCCUCACCCAAGCUUCCACGCUUCAUGAGACAAGAGGCCCUGGACAAUGGCAGCACCACUACCCCUCCAGAAUCUAGCUCUCCAACUAUUGACGAAAUUGAGCUACAACUCAACGAGAUGAGGAGGACCCUGGAAGCACCAAAGAGUAUAAUCCCGCCCCCUAAACGCCCGCCCUCCCCAGAGCCAGAGUCUGAUAGUGAAAGCAGUGAGUACACGAGCAGCUCUGAGGGUAGUAGCAGCGAGGACGAAGAUUCCGUCUCCUCCAGUGAUAGUGAAACCAUAGGGCCUAAAAGGCCAGUAAUGGUUCGCAACGUUGGUAUGUCCGCCUCUAGCAAGAGAGGUAAUGGUGUGUUCAGCAGAGCGAGAGCAUUGGCAAGGUAUCCACGGUUACUCAGACGGAAUGUUGUCAGACUAGAGCCCAUCUUGGAAGUCACGGAAGAGGUCAUAUUUGGAGCCGCCACCGUGGAGAAGAGAGUAAAACUCUUUAGGCGACUGAAGUUGGAGAAGCGCCACAUGAAAGCCUGGAGGAAGUACAUGCAGAUCAUGCGCAGUGCAUACCGCAAGGCAGAGCGUAUCAUACAGAGAAAGAGAAGAGAGUUGCUGGCUCGAUUCUUCUAUUCUUGGAUCCAAGUACGGAACAUGGGAGCAGUGGAGGAGGUGAACACAGACAGAGCACUCUACCAUUAUCGACGCUCUCUCGUGGCAAAGGUGUUUGGGGCGUGGCACUUCCAACUGAGAGGAGCGAACAUGCCCAUUGCUAAGACUACCUCCAUGCAAUGGCUGAAUGCUGAGGAGCGAUACCUAAACUGGAUCAACAAGCAGCUGCUACCAGCCACAGGUUCUCAGAUCGGUGAUAUUGAGGAGUCCCUUGCGAAUGGUGUUCUCAUUAUCAAGGCCAUUGCUUAUGCCUCUAACACAAAUCCACCCAAAUAUCUGGCCAGACCGCGGGUGAGGCUCCAUUGCCAGGACAACUGGAAGACUGCCCAUGGGUUUAUGAGAAGUGUGGGUAUCAACAUGUAUGGCAUAGAAUCAGCAGAUCUGGCUAAUGUGAUCUCAGCAGCUAUACACAACAUGUUCAACGCCAUCCUAAAGUGGGAAGAGUCAAGAUGAACUGUCUUAUUAUACCCCAUACUCAACCAACUAACUUCAUAUGUUUUGUGUCAAUAUAAUAGCAGUAAUUUUUGCACAAUAGAAAUAUUUUUUUGCAAAUUAUAA